AUGAGUACGCAGUCCCGGAUGUCCUAUGGCAACCAAGCGAGAUCAUCGUCCGCUAUGGCUUAUCGUAUACAGCAGUUGCCUGGAUCUGUUUUUAAGAUUUUUUUUCUUAUACUCCUAUUUACCGGUCGUUGUCAGGCUCUACAUCUUGUAGAUAAAACAACCGUUAAAGAUGAUAAUUCAUGGAAUACAAACAUGACUAUUCCUAAAACAUCGAUGGAUCUGAAGAUGAACCUUAUCGCUCACACUCCACUGCCGCAAACAACUUUGCCCGUUAAACAACAUGAAACUAUGUCUCCUGAAAUUUCGAACAAAUUAAAAAAUACAUUGGUUCAUCAUUCACCCAUGUCUACAGCUGUAAGUCCAACUAAAGAUAUGAGUGAAAAUUCAUGGAGUACAUCGACAGUGAGUGGUCAUGCUAAAUCGUCAACAGAAUUAAUAACAAAUCUUAUACAGCAUACGCCAAUACCCGAGAAACAACGGAUGAAAAGUACUAUAUCAUCUUCAUGGGAUGAUUCACGACCAUUCAGCGCUGAUUUAAAACGAGCAAUAACCACAGCAGCUCCACAAGAAGGAACCAUUGAAAACCUAAUCGCAACAUUUAAACCAGUGAAAAACGAUUUAUUGAAUCGAAAACAAACAAGGUCAUUAAGUUCCGAUGAUUCAAUUGAAGAACAUAUUUCAAUAAUAAAACCAAACGAUGAUAAUAAAAGUGAUGCUAUAUCAAGUUUAAUUCAACAUUCAAUACAUCCAUCUGGUGCGAGUUCAAAUCAUCAUCAUGAUAUUAGUAAUCUGGUUAAAAUUGUUGAAUAUAAUAUUAAUAAAAACCACACGACAGAGCCAUUAGGAAAAUUUGUUAGCGGUGUAGGCACUCAAUCAUCAUCAGUAGCAACUACACCAAUAAAUCAAAAAAGGACCUCAUUGUCUCAACCCACUGGAAAAGCAAUUGUAACAAAAAUGGCUCGAGCUGAUUCAACAUCGUCUAUUGAUAGUUCAAUAAUAGAUGAUACAGUGAAAACAUCAAAUUACAAGAUGGCGACAACAGCGCAGAAUAGUACGGGGGAUUUACAAAACCGAGAUACCCCAUUUAUGUCAGCAACACCAAAAACAAUGAUGAAAAAACGACAACGAAGAAUAUCGAGAGAUACAGAUAAUGAUGAGCAAGACGAUGAGGAUGAUUAUGACGAAUUAACAUGGAAAAAAACAAAUAGAAAUGAUAUCGAUUAUCCAGUUGGUAAUGGUCACGAUUUUAAGUUAUUACGUCAGUAUUCGAAUGAAAUGACGAGUUUAUAUCAAUCACAGUCAAAACAACACAUACAGCAUCAAAAUGGUAGUAAUCAUCGUAUGUAUGAAGUCGGUGUACGUAGUUCUUUAUCUUCAUCCUCAUCUUCCUUUCGUCACGAAAAUAUGGAUGGUAAACUGAAUGAAUUACGUGAAGAUAUUCGACAAAUUGAAAGAAAACAUGAAGAUAGUUUAGAAUUAAAACGACAAUUAAAAGAUAUGGAAAUAAAGAAAAAUAAUUUUGAAGCUAUGUGGAAUAAAACACAACAAUUGCUAGCAGAUACAGAAACAAACUUAGAACAAGAAAAACAAGCCAAAUUAAAGCUAGAAUGGAAUACAAGAAAUUUAAAUAAUGAACUCAAAACGAUUCGCACUAAAUUACAAAUGGUUGAAGAUGAAAAAGAUUUAUUACAACAACGAUUUUCUACGUUAAAAGAUCAAAAACAAUCAAAUUCGACACAUAUAUCUCAUGGUCUCUCCAAUAUAACUACAAAUGGUAUUCUACGUGAAGAAGAUAUUGAAAAAAUAAAAUCUCGUCACCGUGAAGAAAUGAAAUUAUUAUCUUUGGAAAAUGAAGAUUUACAUCAACGAACAAGACAAUUGCAAUCUGAUUUACAACUACAUAAAGAAUCUUUGGAUGUCACCGUUCGAUAUAAAAUUGAUUUAGAAAAAGCAUGUGAAGAAAAAACCUAUUUACAACACGAAAUUCAUCGUUUAAAAUUGGAAAAAGAUUUAAUUGAACAAGAAAAAGUAGAAUAUAAAACAAAAUAUGAUAGUUUGCAAGAUGAAAUGCGUCUUUUAUUGUUUGAUCGAUCAAAAAUUGAACAAAAACUAACCGCAGAGUUACAAGAACAAACAAAACAACGGAAUAGGAGUUUAGAAGAUAUAAGAAAAUAUAAACAGCAAAUUGAACAGUUAAAUAUCAAAUUAGGUGAUUGUGAAGCAAAAAUGUUAAGUUUACAAUAUCAAAAUGAAGCAUUAACGAAAUCAAAAGAAUUGGAGGUGAAAAAUGAAUUUCAAGCAUUAACUAAACGCUUAAAUACAAUUGAAAAUGAUAAAAUAACUGCUGAAAACCAAUAUCAAAAUGAAAAUAUGCUUUUAACAGGAUUAACUUAUCAACAACAAAAACAAUCAAACGAUACUUACACCGAUAGGACGAAACAUCUAAAAAAAGAUCAUCAUAGACGUAGUCAACAUUCAAACGGAUCAAUUUGUUUCCAGUGUGAUGCCCUGCAACGAAAUUAUGAACUUGAACUUCAAUAUCGUCUGUCCAUUGAAAAAGAUAAUGAGCGUUUGCGUGAAGCGUUUCAUAAACAACAACAACAUUCUGUUCCAUCAUCAAUUGUAACUACUACCCAAGCAAAACAGGAUAAUGUUUAUUUGACAACGACUGAAAAUUCAAAAUCAAUACAUGGUGAAACAGAACGUGCCAAAUAUGACUUAGAUCGUAUACAAGAUAUUAAUUUAUUAAUUGAUAACUACGAUCGAAAACGUGCUACACACACAUUACAUCAGCCAAUUGAUACAACUCGAAAAUUUUACGAUCAAAAAGGUCGACAACGACAAUUAACUAUUGAAAAAUUAACAAACGAUUCAUCAAGGCCACGUACACCGUCCUCAUUUCCAGUCGGCUCACAUUUAAAUGGUGGAGGAGAUUAUGAAUACCAUCAUCACUUACAUUCACAUGAUUCGCACGAAAAUAGUCGACCGUCAAGUCAGUGUUCUUGUACAAAUAGUGAACUAUUGAAAGAACGUUUAGAGACAGCUAUCGAUACAAGCCUUGCUGAUGAACGAAUGCAAGCGAUUAAACAAUUACCGUUACGUUCAACAACAACGAAUACAACGAUGACAAAUGGAAUAGGAAACAUAUUGACGUUAUCGGCAGACGAUUCUAGAAAUAAUGGAAAAUAUGACUUAGCUAUGUUACCCGAUGAAUAUAAACAUUUGACUAAAAAUUUAAUUUUCACAAGAGAUGCUGCUUCAGAUGAAAAAGCGUAUUGUUGUAAAAAUUGGCAAAUGAUCAAUAACGAUGAAAUUCAUACAAAAGUGCAAGCUGUACACACUCCAACUGCUCAUGUUGUGACAAUUGGUUAUCAAGACUGUAACGGCGUGUUAAAUCCAACAAUGCCAACGGUACCUCCCCCACCCCGUACACCUCGUUCAACAUCACCUUCUCCACCCCGUUCAACAACAAAUAGGCCGGGUCGAUCAACCACACAAUGCAUGUUCACUGCCGUCAACAAAACAGAAUAUUUUUUGGCCACAAAAUAUUCAAUCAUCACAUAUUUAGUUCCAAAUUCUCAUAAAUAUUGUGCACCAGAAGAUUAUGGUUGUUGUCCAACAUAUGUUUUAUUGAACGAUAACUGUAUCCCUGAAUCAGAGGUUGCUGGUCUUGAAUUUUUAAUACAACUUGGAUUGAUUGGCGUUGGAAAAAAAUAA